AUCGAAGAUGGGAUUUAAUUAUUAAAUUCUCUAGCCACAGUUGUUGUUUUUAUACCUCCCCUCCCCCAAAACACACAUACAAAGCUCAGCAUGGGCGAGAGUCUCAACCAAUUGAUAUGACUAUUCGGCUUGAGUGGCAUCCACUUCGGACCAAUGGAGAGCUGGCUGGGGAAGGUCCCGUUCCCUCAAUCGCAGAGAUGACGCAACGUAUUUCACCUCGUCAACCGAACCUGGCCGGUGGGCGGGGUCUCCGUGAAGAGGAUGAUGGACAGUUCCCCCAUUCGACCAAUCGAGCGCGCGGACCCUCCUCUCUCCCUGCCUCCACAAUGCUGGCUGGGUGGGAGAAUACGGCGACGUAAGCAUGGGUCGAUCCAAUGAGCAGGCGGGAGGGGAGGAAUUGGGCUGGGCGAAGACGAUAGUAAAGCUGGGUUACGCUCUCCUGGCGUCGCUUAACUUUUGUUUCGCUUGGCCCACCCUCUCGCCCGUUCACGGAGGGUGAAAAAAAAAGAGCGAAGGAAUAUGAGCGAGUGGAUGUGUGAGCGCCUCUCUCCUGUCAAAAAGUGGUCGGCGAAGCAAAGCCAGGAGUGGACGUCGCCAACAUCGAACGUGCACCGAGUGGGAAUCCUGUUGUCGGCUGCCGAUUAACCGCCGGCCGUUCUAGAGCGUCCGUUUCCCGGAGUGACGGCGCGAGGCCAACUGCUGGUGCGCGAGAGCGUGGAGGGGGAGGGAGGAGUGUGGGAGAUACGAGGGAACACUUACCCUGCUCUGAUUUCCCCCUCCCCCUUUCAUUUGAUUCCCUCCCUUCCACAACUUCAUUCCCCUGCAGUAAUCCUGGUUUGGGAGCGGAGAAAUCUUCUGAAAGGCACUGGACAGCGUUGGGGGUGUGGGGCGGAGUGGGGUUUAUUUUAAGGAAAAAAAGAGGGGGGGGGGGGGUUGACAACGGCACCUCCUUUCUCUUCACUUCCCCCCAAGCAAAUGGGUUCGAGAGGGUGAGAAGAUGGCAGCGACGGACCUGUGAGAGUGCAGAGUGAAGCGGCGCACAUCUCCCUUCUCAGGACCCCCUUUCAACAGCAUCGACCCCGCCGUAGUCCGAGUUUGUGAAACCCCUAUUUCCACAUUCACCCCGCCAUGGCUCCGAGUCACGGGGUACGGCUUUAAUACUUUUUUUUUGUGAUUACGAUCCUGCAGUGAAGCGAAGCCGGGCGUCCCGGCGCCGAUAGCCUCCUCCUACCCAAGCCUCCUUUCCCCCUAUCUCUCCGUCCACUCGGGCAGCGUCUGAGUCUCCCCAUCAUGAGCGAAGGGACCGCUUCCGCCACGGCCGGCUCCCCGCUGGACAUCGACAUCGACCCGGACUUCGAGCCGCAGAGCCGGCCCCGCUCCUGCACCUGGCCCCUGCCCCGUCCAGACCUGCCCGCCUCCUCUUCCCCGGGCAAGAGCGAGCCCACCGACGCUGCCCAGAUGAUCCCCGAGGAGGAAGAAGAGGAUGAAGAAGAUUUGCUCGGCUCCGCUGCCGCGGGAGAGCCGGAGCCGGAGUCCGAGCCGCCUGGAGGAGACGCUUUGAAGAAGAAGCAGCAGCAACCGGCGGGGCUGAGCGGCCCCCGAGGUUCUCGCUCUCCAUCCUCGGCCCAUUCCCCCGGAGGCGGCGGCCUCAGUGCAGGAGGAGGCGCGGGGCCCCAACAGCGGAAAGCCUCGUCCCGCAGGAACGCCUGGGGCAACAUGUCGUACGCAGAUCUGAUCACGAAAGCUAUUGAGAGCUCCCCAGACAAGAGACUAACCCUGUCCCAGAUCUACGACUGGAUGGUCCGCUCCGUGCCCUACUUCAAGGAUAAAGGAGACAGCAACAGUUCGGCCGGCUGGAAGAAUUCAAUCCGCCACAACCUUUCAUUGCAUAGCAGAUUUAUCAGGGUGCAGAAUGAAGGUACAGGCAAAAGUUCUUGGUGGAUGAUCAAUCCAGACGGUGGAAAAGGUGGAAAGUCUCCACGAAGACGUGCUGUUUCUAUGGACAAUAGCAACAAAUACGUAAAAAGCAGGGGAAGAGCAGCAAAGAAAAAGGCAGCUCUGCAAGCUGCACAAGAGGCUAAUGCUGAAAGUCCAUCGCAACACACAAAAUGGCCUGGUAGCCCAACAUCCCGAAGUAGCGAUGAAUUUGAUGCAUGGACAGACUUUCGUUCUCGUACAAACUCAAAUGCUAGUACUUUGAGUGGGCGGCUUUCUCCUAUAAUAGCCAAUCCUGAACUAGACCAUGUGCAAGAUGAUGAUGCUGCUCCAUUGUCUCCCAUGCUGUACUCCAGUCCAUCCAGUGUUUCCCCCACUGCAAGUAAACCAUGUUCUGUUGAGCUGCCUAGGUUGACUGACAUGGCUGGAACCAUGAACUUGAAUGAUGGAUUGGCAGAACACCUGAUGGAUGAUUUACUGGAUAACAUUAGCUUGACUCCUACUCAGCAAUCAUCACCAGGAGGUCUUGUGCAAAGGAGCUCAAGUUUUACUUACGGCUCAAAGAGUUCUGCUUUGGGCUCUUCAAACGGUUUCAGUAAUUCAAUAUUUGGGCCACCUGCUUUGAAUGCUUUACGUCAGACUCCCAUGCAAACCAUUCAGGAAAAUAAGCAAGCUACUUUUUCUUCCAUUUCUCGUUUUGGCAGCCAAACUUUGCAAGAUCUUCUUGCAUCUGAUUCUUUAAGUCACAGUGAUGUUAUGAUGACUCAGACCGAUCCUCUGAUGUCACAAGCGAGUUCGGCAGUGUCUUUACAAAAUUCACAUAGAAAUCUGCUUCACAAUGAUCCAAUGAUGUCAUCGUUCCCCACCCAAUCUAAUGCAGCAAAUCAUAAUCCACUGCAUCGCCAGUCUCCACCUCAGAGUUCUGCACUUAGUGGCAAUAGUGCCUUGUCAAACUCCAUGAGUCAUGUAGCUUUACCAACAGACUCUAACACAAACUCUAGUAAGCAUCAGCUGCAGUCAUCUGCCAAUCAGUCUAUGCAAAUAGGAUUGUCAGACACAUUAUCUGGCCCUCUGUCAUAUCCUGGUAGCAUGAUUCUUCCUGCUGUGGGUCAAGAUAGGUUCCCUAGUGAUCUGGACUUGGAUAUGUUUAAUGGAAGUUUAGACUGUGAUGUGGAAUCCAUCAUUCGCAAUGAACUCAUGGAUGCAGAUGGGUUAGACUUUAACUUUGAUUCACUUAUAUCUGCUCAGAAUGUUGUGAAUCUGAAUGUGGGAACCUUCACUGGUGCUAAACAAACAUCAACACAGAGUUGGGUUCCAGGUUGAAAUCGCCUAAUAAUGGCGGAAGCAGGUUAGUGAACUGAAGACUUUUGCCAAAUCUGCUGUCAAGAUAGUAUGAAUUUGAUUAUAGUAAAUUUAUUCGACAGCUGUAAAUCUGACAUUUCAUCUGCAAAGGGGAUAGUUCUUGGAACUGCAUAUCAAUACAAAAGUUGUAAACCAGAAGAAUGCGAACUCAAGUUAAAAUGAAUCCUGAACUGUCUGAAAAUGAAAUUGUUGUAAAGUUUCCCUGGUGUCCCAUGAUCUUUAACCCUGUAAAAAUUGUUGAUUGAUACGGGUAGGUGCAUAUUUUAAGUUUUAGUAUUCCUGUCUGAGAUCAGCAUCUGCCCACAGCCUCCAUUGUAUAGCUAUCAUUGAAGUAUUGGUGGAAUGGGACUGAUGAACAGUGUCAUCAAAGGUAUGAAUAUUGAUGAAGAAAUGAACACAUACUUACUGAAUAAAACAAGACAAAUUGGCAUCAUCAGAAUGCCAGAAGAUUUAUUAUACAGAUGAAGGUUUCCAUCCUUGUUAAUCUGCUAAUCUGCAGUUGAUUAACAGGUAUUUUUAAGUAAUUUGAAACUGCAUGACCUUAAUAAUAGAAGUUGAAGUGUGACUUUGAACUUUACAAUUUAUGACCCUACAUUGUUUGGUCUUUUAUAAUAGUGUCAAGGAGCCCAGUUUAGUGGUAGUGGGUAGGGAAGGGAUGAUUUAAAAAAAAGCAUUAAUAUUUCAACAUGGCAUCUAAUUGAGAAUAAUACUGCUUGUAAAUCUUUUGCUUAAUUUUACAAAGCAAUCUUUUGAACAAAUCUUUAUCUUGAGAGAGUUAAGUAGUUGGAAGAGGAGCGACUUUCAUAUGUUUACAAAUUAUCUUAUUUUAGAGAGAACAGCCAAAAUUUUCUCUCUGAAGUAAUCUUUGCAUGAAUUGAAAUCUAAAGUGUAUUCGCAAGAUUGGAAAAUUUGACCUAUAUACACAUCCAUCAUUGUAGAGAACUUUCUAAGAAGUGCAUCUUUUUAAUGCAAUUUUAAAAAUUUUCUUUCUUACCCAUUGAGUACAGAUUUAUCUGUUCUAAGGACAAAUCAUAUCAGCAGAUAACAAACUGCCUCCCUUCUGAACAGAGCCCACCUUGGUCAACUGUAAUGUAUUUUUUUCUGUAGAUACACUUACAUUUCAGUUGAUUUGCAUACUGCAUUUCUGUAUGGCAUUUGUACAUUUAUUGGAAGUUUUGUGUAAUCUUUAUCAUGUUUUUGAAGAGUUUCUAUAUAAAUACAGACCAGCUCAGAUUACAUCAAUUUAUGCAUAUUUCUUCAAACUUGUGUAAGAUUUUCUGUAUACAAAAGGGUGAUGCACAUUUAUAUUUUAUGGGCAGAGACAAAUCAUUAUUAUGCAUGACUAUUCAGUAGGUAAAUUAGUUUGUCUCAGUUCAUUGCAUGAAAUUCCAGGUUGUCACGCUCAUUGAUGUUAGUGCCCCUGGAGAGCUAGCAGUGAAACAAAAUGUGAUUGAAUAUUGUUGUAUAACUUGGCCGUCUCGUAUAAAUGGAUACUAGUCCUUUCAUCAUGCAAUUUACUAUUCUAUUUGUAGAAUGAUAGCAUAUCAAUUAUGAUCACUGAAUUAUUUUUGUCAAAUGUAAAUGAGUUUAAGAUGGUAUAUUCAUUCUAGCUGUUUCUGUUCAGCAUUUUCACUAAAUUUGUAAUAUUUAAGUAACUUCUAAAUCAGUAUUUGGAGAGUUCUGCACAAGUCAGUUUUCUUGAAUUUGCAUGGUAGAAUAGCAAUUAAACUGCUUAUGUUCCUGAUAUGCUAUGUUUGGGUCUUACUAAAAUUGAAUCAGCCACUUAGUUCUCAUCCAGGCUGUAAAGGUUUGGCAAAUCUCAGGCUGGCAUCUCAGGAUGUGGAGAGAAGAUUCUGCAGGGAUCUACAGCAAAUGCACAUUCUCACAGCUUCUUCAUGAUGCAAGUAUAUUCGUGGAAGUGACAGACCAGUUGACAGGUGUAAAAUAAAAAUACUUCCACUGCAAACACUUACAAAACCAAACUAAUUUUAAACUUACUUCAUAUUAAUCUGACCUUUUAAAACUCAUGUAUCCUGUGCAAGAUUUAAAUUUUGUAGCCAAAUUACUGCCUUAGCUCACUCUAACAUGGUUCACAUCACCAAUCACUUGCCUCUUGGUUAAAUAUAUUUGGUUUGAUGAAGCUGCCAUAGUUCUAGAUUCUGAAACAGGCCAUGCAAUAUUUUAUUUUUAUGUCCACCCUUCGGUUAAUUCAGCCUAUAUAUGUUAUUCAGAUUUUGCGGUGUUUAGCAUUGGUUAAAAUUGAGUUGUAAAUGCCCUACAACUUGUUUUUACAAUGCAUACUUUGAGUUGCAAGAAGUCUGUAAAACCACUAUAUUGAGAAAAGGUAUACUGUGUAAUGGUACAGAUGAAUAUACUAUCUUCUCUUAUUUCUUCACACCCCCAACUCACACUCAAAUGUUAGUUUUAACAGGAAAAGGAUGGUUCUUUUGAAUUGUGGGUUUUUAAUUGCAUAAAUUAUUGGUAUGUAUUGCCCUGUGUAUUUCAUUAAUCUGUGCUCUUAAAAGAGUACGCAUGUAAAAUAAAGCUUGAUAACACUAUUGAAUUGAA